GCGGCAGCGUAGUUGCUGCAGCUGCCGCCGUCACCGCCACAUUCAACAGGCAGCAGCGCCACGGUCGCGCAGCCCGGGAGAGUGAACGGUCCGCGGCGUCCGUCCGUCCUUCGUUCCGCGGGCCGUGUCAGCAGGAGCGCGACGCCGGCGCUGCCGGGGCCCGGCGACUCUGGCCUGCCGUCCCGUCCGUGCAGCGGACCCGGAGGAGCCUAGAUGUUGAUGGACCUGUGAAGUUAAGUUCUGGGCUCGCGCUUCCACUCUGCCGCCGCGCCUUCCUCCGGGUUUCCGUCCGCUCGCGGCACCGACAUCAACCCCCGCCCGCCCCCCGCCCCCGGCCCCGGCAAAUCUCGGACCGGCUCUUCUCGCUGUCUCCCCUCGGCCCCCGGUGCUGCGCUCUCUCACUUCUUGGCAGUCCCGCGGCUGGGGGAGGGGCGGGGGUCACCAUGGCCGAAGCGCCCCAGGUGGUGGAGAUCGACCCGGACUUCGAGCCGCUGCCCAGGCCGCGCUCGUGCACCUGGCCGCUACCCAGGCCGGAGUUUAGCCAGUCCAACUCGGCCACCUCCAGCCCGGCGCCGUCGGGCGGCGCGGCCGCGAACCCCGACGCCGCCGCGGGCCUGCCCUCGGCCUCGGCGGCCGCUGUCAGCGCCGACUUCAUGAGCAACCUGAGCCUGCUGGAGGAGAGCGGGGACUUCCAGCAGGCGCCCGGCUCCGUGGCGGCGGCGGCGGCGGCAGCCGCGGUGGCGGCGGCGGCGGCCGCAGCUGCCGCCACCGGGGGGCUGUGCGGGGACUUCCAGGGCCCGGAGGCGGGCUGCCUGCACCCGGCGCCGCCGCAGCCCCCGCCGCCCGGGCCGCUGUCGCAGCACCCGCCCGUGCCCCCCGCCGCCGCCGCCGGACCGCUAGCGGGGCAGCCGCGCAAGAGCAGCUCGUCCCGCCGCAACGCCUGGGGCAACCUGUCCUACGCCGACCUCAUCACUAAGGCCAUCGAGAGCUCGGCCGAGAAGCGGCUCACGUUGUCGCAGAUUUAUGAGUGGAUGGUCAAGAGCGUGCCCUACUUCAAGGAUAAGGGCGACAGCAACAGCUCGGCUGGCUGGAAGAAUUCAAUUCGCCAUAAUCUGUCCCUACACAGCAAGUUUAUUCGAGUGCAGAAUGAAGGAACUGGAAAAAGCUCCUGGUGGAUGCUUAAUCCAGAGGGAGGCAAGAGUGGGAAAUCCCCCAGGAGAAGAGCCGCUUCCAUGGACAACAACAGUAAAUUUGCUAAGAGCCGAGGCCGAGCUGCCAAGAAAAAAGCAUCCCUCCAAUCUGGCCAGGAGGGUGCUGGGGACAGCCCAGGCUCUCAGUUUUCUAAGUGGCCUGCAAGCCCUGGCUCUCACAGCAAUGACGACUUUGAUAACUGGAGUACAUUUCGCCCUCGAACUAGCUCGAAUGCUAGUACUAUCAGUGGGAGGCUUUCUCCCAUCAUGACCGAGCAGGACGACCUCGGGGACGGGGACGUGCACUCUCUGGUGUACCCGCCGUCGGCUGCAAAGAUGGCCUCCACUCUGCCCAGUCUGUCUGAGAUCAGCAGUCCUGAGAACAUGGAAAACCUUUUGGAUAAUCUCAACCUUCUCUCAUCACCAACGUCAUUAACUGUUUCAACCCAGUCUUCGCCGGGCACCAUGAUGCAGCAGACGCCAUGCUACUCGUUUGCGCCGCCAAACACCAGUCUGAAUUCACCCAGCCCAAACUACCAAAAAUACACGUACGGCCAGUCCAGCAUGAGCCCUUUGCCCCAGAUGCCUAUGCAAACGCUUCAGGACAGCAAAUCGAGUUAUGGAGGCAUGAGUCAGUAUAACUGUGCACCGGGACUCUUGAAGGAGUUACUUACUUCCGACUCUCCUCCCCACAAUGACAUUCUGACACCAGUUGACCCUGGGGUGGCUCAACCCAGCAGCCGAGUCCUUGGCCAGAAUGUGUUGAUGGGCCCUAAUUCGGUCAUGCCAGCCUAUGGCAGCCAGGCAUCUCAUAGCAAAAUGAUGAACCCCAGCUCCCACACCCACCCUGGACACGCUCAGUCGACGUCCGCGGUUAAUGGGCGUGCCUUGCCCCACGCGGUGAGCACCAUGCCCCACACCUCGGGUCUGAGCCGCUUGGCCCCAGUGAAGACAGCUUUACAAGUGCCUCUGCCCCACCCCAUGCAGAUGAAUGCCCUGGGGGGCUACUCCUCCGUGAGCAGCUGCAACGGCUACGGCAGGAUGGGCAUUCUCCACCAGGAGAAGCUCCCCAGUGACUUGGACGGCAUGUUUAUCGAGCGCUUGGACUGUGACAUGGAGUCCAUCAUCCGGAAUGACCUCAUGGAUGGAGAUACGUUGGAUUUUAACUUUGACAAUGUGUUGCCCAACCAAAGCUUCCCACACAGUGUCAAGACGACGACACACAGCUGGGUGUCAGGCUGAGAGCGAGCGAGUGAGCAGGCUACACUUAAAAGUACUUCAGAUUGUCUGACAGCAGGAACUGAGAGAAGCAGUCCAAAGAUGUCCUUCACCCUACCUUUUCGUUUUCUUGAUUAAAAAAAAAAGAAAAAAAGUGUUUCUUUUUUCCUUUCGUCAGACUUGGCAGCGAAGACACUUUUCCUGUACAGGAUGUUUGCCCGAUGUUUGCAGGUUACGUGCUGCUGUAGAUAAGGACUGUGCCAUUGGAAAUUUCAUUACAAUGAAGUGCCAAACUCACUACACCAUAAAAUUGCAGAAAAGACUUUUGGAUCCUGGUGUGCUUUCAAGUUUUUGUAUAUAAGCCGUAGCUACAGAGUUGUAUUUGUGUGCAUUUUUGUUUUUUUAAAUAUUCAUUUGGUCCAAGGAAAGUUUCUACUCUUUUUGUAAUACUGUGAUGGUCUCAUGUCCUUGAUAAGUUAAACUUCUGUUUGUACGACCUGUAUUCUGCUGAACUGAUGAAUGACAAAGAACCAAGCUCUCCAUUCUGCACCUCCUUGAACAGCUCUGGACCUGUUCACAUUGCCACAUAAUUCACAGGAGAACCAAUAGCCUAUUGUCCAUCUGCUGGAUUAAUGGACUUAUCAAAACUCUUUUGGAAAAAAAAAAAGAAUAGAAAAUAGGUUAAACGCCAGCCUUGUACACGUCUUUUCUAUUUUUUUGUUUGUUUUGUUUGUUUGUUUAUUUUGUUAUUUGCAAAUUUGUACAAACACUUAAAUGGUUCUAAUUUCCAGAUGAAUGAUUUUUGAUGUUAUUGUUGGGACUUGAGAUCAUUUUUGGAAUAGAUAUUGAACUGUAAUGUUUUCUUAAAACUAGAGUCUACUUUGUUACAUAGUCUGCUUGUAAAUUUGUGGAAUCCCAGAUAUUUGAAGCAGCAUCCGUAAUUUUCAUUUUGUAUAUCUAACUGGAUUAGUACUAAUUUUAUACGUGCUUAACUGGUUUGUACACUUUGGGAUGCUACUUGGUGAUGUUUCUGACUAAUCUUACAAUCAUUGUAAUUAGUACUUGCACACUCAACAUUUCUGGCCCUAUCUUGGCAGGAGAGUGCUGUAUAGUUAUGAACAUUUUGUGUUUCACGUUUAGGAGAACUUGAUAUGUUUUUAUGUAUGUGUUUUUAAAAAAUUCCAUCCGCUUCUACUAUCCUGUGAAUUAAGCAUAGCACCCAGCAUCGACUCUUCUGAUGGAUGCCUGUAUUCUCUUUGUUUCCAAUACUCCUGGCGGGGGGCCUCGUAAUAUUUGUAGAUCAGAAGGGGAGAUCCACAUCUAAAACAGUGCUCCUUUCUCAAGCUGGGGGUUUGAUCAACUUAACCUUUUUGAGCUGAGCUUCAGCAAAAGUUUUCCCUCGUUAAUACUGUGCUCUUCCUGGUCUAGGUGGAGGUUGGUUUUGUAGCUCUGCCUUGAAGAAUUAGGUCCACACUCAUGCUUCAUCCCUCUUUCCCUCUGUCCUUGGGCUACUUGGCACACUGUGGAAGGCUAAGUCGGAGCAGGGAAUUUUUAAGUGGCACUUGAGUGAUUUUUAUAAUGUUUUGUGUUCAUGAGUGCAGAUGGCUACCAAAUGGAAUAGAACUUGUUUAAAAAUUGGGGCAAUGGGGCUUCCCUGGUGGCGCAGUGGUUGAGAGUCCGCCUGCUGAUGCAGGGGACGCGGGUUCCUGUCCUGGUCCGGGAGGAUCCCACAUGCCGCAGAGCGGCUGGGCCCGUGAGCCAUGGCCGCUGGGCCUGCGCGUCCGGAGCCUGUGCUCUGCAGCGGGAGAGGCCACAGCAGUGAGAGAGGCCCACGUACCGCACACACACAAAAAAAAAAAAAAAAAAAAAAAAUUGGGGCAAUGAAUUUGAAAACCAGCAAACCAGCUGUAAGUGGUAUAUUUUAAUUUAUUUUAAAAAGCCUUAGCGUAAGUUAAGAAUUGGAGAGUUUCUUCUGCCUUUAGCAACCCCAAUUAUAAUUCUGAUCAUUAUGUUGUAAUACUGAUAUUUUCCAAUUACCUGUACUGAUAGACCAAGUUAAUUGGCUUUGCGUGCCAUUUAAUCCAUCAGUGUGUUCAAGUCAUGUGGAACGCCCAGAAUCCACACAAUAAAAGGAACAGGUGCACAAAACCGUUCCUCUGGCCUUCUUGAGAAGGCUCUGAUUUCUGUGAACCCAGCCCACUUCACACUUGCUGUGUCUUGCCUGUGAGUUGCGUCUCUGUUGGCUUGGUUUUUCCUCCGUGUUUAACAAGAACACAGGUGUGCUGAUGGCGCUCUCCUCCAGGAGACAGGCUCUACUGUAAGCUCCCACAGUGACUUCUGUGCUUCUGAAGAUUCACUAAACAGCCGCCUCUCUAGCCAUCUUCAUUGUUGGCCACUCCAAAGUAAGUCUGGUCAUAGAAAGCCUAGUUCUUCUGAGCAGUGCCUCCUGCACGCGUGCUAGAGCUCGCUGGAGCCAGAGUACUCGUGUUCCCCUCUGGGUCCACCUGCCACCACUCCCCGCCUCCCAGGCAUCACACGGUGAGACUCCCCACCGCCUUCUUCAUUGAAGAGGCAACCGUAGCUACAAAUCACUGUUAAAAUCUUACUACUUCGUAGAGUGACUUUUAAAAAGAUGUUGCUUCCUCUUGAGUCUGUGUAAAUAUCUUUUUUUUUUCCUUCAAAUUUUUCUUUGUGUUGAAAUUCUAACAGGAAUCCUGGGUAGCUCUCCGGGGUACAGUGAAGUCCAGUGAAAGGCACCUUGUCUAUUUUGAAAACAAACAUUAUGUGACCUCUAGUAAUUCUUUUUCUGUAAGAAUACUGACUUUCUGGAGUAAUGAGUAUAUCAGUUAUUGUACAUGAUUGCUUUGUGAAAUGUGCAAAUGAUAUCACCUAUGCAGCCUUGUUUGAUUUAUUUCCUCUGGUUUGUACUGUUAUUAAAAGCAUAUUGUAUUAUAGAGCUAUUCAGAUAUUUUAAAUAUAAAGUAUUGUUUCCGUAAUAUAGACGUAUGGAAUAUAUUUAGGUCAUAGAUGUGUUACUUGGAAAGUUCUGCUUUGACAAACUGACAAAGUCUAAAUUAAUUAGCAAAUGUUGUACCCCAGUGAGCAGUAAAUCAGUGAAACAUCCCCAAAAGAGGAGAAAAACACUUAAAAUGGAAACAGUUCCCCCAAAAUAUGCGAUUUGGACUCGUUCAGCUGCUGGAUAUAUGUUACCAGUCCUCCCCUCCCACCCACCAUUCCCCAACCCCCAACUGGAAAUUCUUACAUUCAGCUCCUAAGAGUUCUUAAUUUAUAACUGACUUUUAAACAAGAAGUUUCUCUUGUGGUUUUAGUUUGGGAGUAACCAUUCAGUAAAAGUUGCAGUGUGGUUUAUGCAAACAGAACAGCCUAGCAUUACUCUUGGCCUCCUCCCUGACGGGGGCGGGGGGCUGACAGCCUGGCGGCGUGGCCAGGUGCGGCCACGUCCAUCCCGUCGGGACGCAGUCACUCCCGCCCACAUUUCGCUACUCGAGUUUAGUACCAGGUUCCACGUUCCCGUUCCCAUACUCUCUGAGAAGUGCCUGAUGAUGCUGAUGUACUUACACAAGAACAAUCUUUGCUGUUACUGUAUAAAGCCAUAAAUGUACAUAAAUUA